AUGGCGUCGAGCUCGCCCACAUCGAUAUCUCCAGAUCAACACAAUGCAAUCUACCACCUUCGCCAUAACUGGCGUCUUGUCUUGACCGCUGUCCUCUUGUCCACCGGAAGUUUCACCUUUGGAUAUGAUGGCAGUGUCAUUGGUGGCGUACUCAACAUGCUGCCAUUCAUAGAGCAAUUUGGCUCCGUGACCUCUGAAGGGCCCAUUCUCACUGCCCGAACCAUCUCCAUCAUUGUCGCCACUCCGACCGCGGGUUCUCUGAUCGGCUUCCUAAUCAACUCAACUUGUGCCGAUCGCUUUGGCAGGAAGAAAACCAUGCUCGGAGGCUGUGCCAUCAGCUUGGUGGCAGCUGUCCUCCAGACGGCCUCUUAUACUGUCGCUAUGAUCACCGUCGGUCGAAUCUUGACUGGAAUUUCAGUCUUCGUCCUUGUCGGCAUGGCAAUUACUUUUCAGAACGAGAUCUCACCAGCUCCUCUCCGAGGAUUUCUGGGCGGACUCUCUGUCGUCUCGAUCCAGACAGGUGCUCUUAUCGCUGCUGGAGUCAAUUGGGCCACCCACGGAGUUCUGUCCAGCCUCUCCUGGAGACUUCCUAUAGGCUUGCAGAUAAUCUUUCCCAUGCUCAUCGCGCUCUGCACAUUCUUUGUUGCAGAUUCUCCUACGGCCUAUCUCAUCAAGGGCCAAGAUGCUCAGGCCGAGGAAAGUCUGCGAAAGGUUCGUCGGGGCUACAGCGACGCCGAUAUCCAGGAGGAAAUGGACAAUUUGAAAAUGCAGAAAUCCCUCCGUGCCGCAGAGAAGGAAGUUCACUGGAUCGACAUUUUCCGUGGCGUCGACCUCCGCCGGACCAUUCUUGCUACGUACGCUGGUGUAUUCGUUUCACUAUCUGGUCUAAUCUAUGCCACCAACUACGCUACGAUUUUUCUAGCUCAGGUCGGCGCGACCAAUGUAUAUUUACUAGUCUUUGCUCUCAACAUUCUCACGUUCGCAGGUGCGAUCACUGGCGGGAUACUCCUCGACAUCAUCGGCCGUCGCCCUCUCGCUCUGUGGUCAUUUACCGCGCUCCUGAUCAUCGACAUUGUCAUUGGAGCUCUGGGCUUUGCUGACGCCUCCGACUCAAAGGUGGCCAAAGCAAUUGCAGGAUUCUCCUUGAUGUUUGGCUUCUUCGUCUCCGUCGGCUUUGGGCCUUUGACCUAUAUCAAUACCGCCGAGCUGGCGACCGCUCGACUGCGCAACAAGACAAAUGCAUAUGCUCUCCUCUCCAACUCUCUCACAUCCUUGACCGUGACAUAUGUCUUUCCAUACAUCACGAAUGCUGAUGCUGGUGAUCUGGGAGCGAAAGUGUACCUCAUUUUCGCGGGCUGCAUGGCGGUCUGCUUGGUGUUCACAUUCUUUUGCUUUCCCGAAGUCAAGGGUCGCACCCCGGCUGAGGUUGAUGAGAUGUUUCAAGAUCGGCUGCCUGCCAGGAAGUUCAAGGGUCAUCUUUGUGUUGCGGGGCCGGAGAAUGUUGAGCUCAGUGCCGUAACGAAAGCCCAUGAGCUUCACGAUGUUGAGGGUGCAGCCCAGCAAGUUGAAGCUGUUGAUACCAAAAUAUAG